ACCUGGAAUUUUCUUUAAAGUAAACACCCUAAAUUCAGUGGUUUUAUUAUUUUAUUUUCCCUACAUUGUAAAUUAAUACUCAAGUCAUCCAGACCAUCGCUCUUCCAUUCCUGGGGUGGUCCUGAUGAGUGCCAGUUUCAUCAUUAUAAUGUUUUUAAUGAUCUUUUGGUGACUGCACUGAAGGAUAAAUUAAAAGUUCUUAAAAUCCUUAUUUAUGGAUUGACUUACCUUCAUUGUAUACCUGUAACUACCUCUUCACAACUUUACAACUGAUGCUCUCAAACACAUUAAGAGACAAGAAAUUCAAGUCAUUCAGACAUGGAAUUAUUUAACACAAAAUUAUCUUAAACAAACCAGAAUAUGUUUUAUAUUUUACAUUUUUUAAGAAGUUUAAAUGAUCGGGAUAAACAUCUCUGCUGGAAUUCAGGCUUUUAGUUAACAGCUGUGCUAAACUACCCAACUAAAUAAAGAAAGACUUUAAGAAAUGAAGGACAGUCAAUCCUAAUUUAACUUUGCAGUUGCAAGGACAAUCAAAAACAUAAUGAUGAAACCGGCACUCAUCAGGACCACUCUAGGAAAGGAAGAGCUACCAGCAUCAGAAACCACAAGUUAACAGCUCCCCAGAUAAGAGCAUCUAAAUACUUCACAGAGUAUUUUGGUUUGUUUAACACUGUUUUUAAGUUACUACAUGAUCACUAUGUGUUCCUUCAUAAUCUGAUAGAUCACUUUACUAUUCAUUUACUAUGUAGGAAAACCUCUGACUGGUGCUGUAUCAUGUAACAGAGAUGCUACAAAGAACAUAUAACCAGAUACAUCUACAGUAGGUCAAAAAUAUCAACAUAUAAAAUUAUGUUAAUAGAGAAUAAAAUACAAUUUUUCAUAAAUAAAGCUUCUGCAAAUACACUCUGUACUGAUGCAGGCAGUACAUUAGCACGCUAAUGUAUUUACACAGCGGAGAGAGAGUCAUAAACGUCCUCGUUUCCAGAAACGUCUCUGUCGUCAUGGAGAUUUUCACUGCUUUGUUGCUUCUUAGAGACAAUAUAAGCCUAUAAAUCUCUCUUUGUAUGGCCUUAAUAUAGACUAUAUAACAAAGAUAUUUGGACACUUUAUUUAUUCAUUAUUUGUUGUCAAAUUAGGGGAUUAAAAGCUUUGCUGUGAGAAUUUGUUGGCAUUCAGCGAAAAGAGCAGCCCAAAAUCACUGUGUUAAAUCACUAGGUUCAUGUUAAUCUGAUUCAGUGAGUCCUAUUGUAGUCCUACUCUAUUGGCAAUACUUCUCUACAGGGACUAGACUGCAUUCUACCACUGCAUUUAUAACACAAGGUUUCCACAAACUUUUGGACAAUGUGUAUCCAAUGGCAAAAGGAGGAAGAAAAGGUGUGUCUGAAAGAAAGUAGGUGGAGCUAUAAUCAGCAGGUAGGACACAGUGCCAGCUGAGCAGCCAGGACUCUACAAAAGCUCUCAUCUCCAGACGCUUCGUCUCAAUGAUGCAGCCAUGCAGCUCUCGCAAGACCUUCGUACCCAGAACCUCCAGCCCCACGUGGAGAACAACUCCUACUUCUCCUUCUUCUCAGAGCUCAGCCAUUCGCACUGGUCCGUCACCACGGUUGAGACCCUGGUCCAGACGGCCAUCUUUCUGAUUUCAGUGAUCAGUAACAUCGGCGCUUUCUCGCUGGUCGUCCACGAGAGACGAAGAACCGACAGCACCCUCUUCACCCUCAACCUCUUUGUGGCAGACCUUCUCUUCAUCAGCACCAGCCCCUUCAUCAUCGCCGUCAGGUGGACCAAGGCCUGGACGCUCGGCCCGGUCGCCUGCCACGCCGUUAUGUACUCCAUCUGUUUGAGUGGAAGCGUGACCAUCACGACGCUGGCCGCCAUCAGUACGGACAGACUGCUGGCCAUCUUGAAGAUGGAGAGCACGCCCAGUCUGAACCUCAGAAGAGCCUCGGGAGUUCUGCUCCUCAUCUGGUUGUUCACAGCCAUUGCGGUGUUGCCGCUGUCCUUGUUCUCCAGGGUGGUGACGGUUGUAUCUUUUGAACAGAGGGAAAUGCAGAUCUGCACGCUGGCCUGGCCUCACGUGAGGGGAGAGAUCAUAUGGAACACCACGUUUGUGGUGUUGGGUUAUCUUCUGCCCGGCAUCGGCAUCGUGUUCAGUUACGGCAAAAUCCUGCAGAUACGUCAGAAGUCUAAAAAGAGGCUGAACAGUGCCACGUCUCAGGGAUGUGCCCAGCUGUGCCCGGUGUCUAAACGAGACUACAGACUCUUCCGCACUCUGCUCAUCCUCAUGGUAUCCUUCUUCUUCAUGUGGAGCCCGAUCUUCAUCUUCAUCUUUCUCAUCCUCGUACGCAACUUACAGGUGGAUGUACACAUCACCUCCAGGAUGUUCUUCUGGGUGGUGACCUUCACUCUGGUUAACUCAGCGCUAAACCCGGUUCUGUACAGCGUUUAUCAGCUCAGACACAGCUUUCAGAAACUCUGCGGCACCAGAGAAGAUCCAACAGACCAGAAAGCUGCUGAUAAAACACACAAACAAAACGGACAGUAGGAAAUCUCUGCCUUUCACACUCAAAAAACACUUUCAUUAUUUUUAAAUGUUCUGUAUUGUAGAUUAAUACUAAACUCAUCCAAACUAUGAAGCAAAACAUAUGGAAUUAUUUAAUAAAUAAAAAGUGUAAAACAAACCAGAUAAUUUACAUUCUUCAGAGUAUCUCCUCUUGUUUAGAUGAUCAGUUUUGAACAUCUCUGCUGGAUUUUCUCAGUCAGUUUUAUGAGGUAGAGUCUCCUGGAAUUCAGGCUUUCAGUUAACAGCUGUGCUGAACUCAUCAAGAGUUAAUUACUUGAAUUUCUUGUCUCUUAAUGUGUUUGAGAGCAUCAGUUAAAGUAAAGUAGUGAAGAGGUAGAGUUACAGGUAUACAGUGAAUAGUGAAUAUUUGAGUAAUGUUCUAAUCCAGACUAUGAGAACAAAUUAAGGAAAUUUCAAGAAUGUAUCCUCAAAUGCAAAUCACGACAAAGACCAUCAUGAUGAAAGUAGUGAUGAAACUGGCACUCAUCAAGAGCUUCAAUACAGCAGAGAUAAAUUACAGUUUAAGAAACCGGUUUGUACAUUUACACAGCAAAUUAACCCAAUUUAUAAAAUCUGCUGUAAUGUUAGUCUGGUUUACAGAUACAGCAGCUGUCAUGUCCUGGCCCUGUUUCCUGUCUGUCCUCGUGCCUGUGUGUGUCCUACGUGACCUGUGCCCCUGUGUUCUGUCUCAAUAAUUUUCUGUCACGUGUCUAAUUUGUAGCUCCGCCCCUCUUUACCUGUCUCCCCAGGUGUGUGUAUAAAUAGUCCCCUUUUGUCUGUGUUUGUUCGUCGGUCUUUGCACCAACUCCUGUCGUUUAUCUCUCAGCGUUUCUUUGUAUCUUCUAGCCCUACUUCUGUGUUUUAUUCCUAUUUAGUGUUCAUCUUCUUGUUUAAUUUUAGUUUGUUUCGCUUGUUCCUUAUUCCGUGUUUUAAUCUGUUUAUUUUUAGUUCCCUGAUAUUUCCCUUGUUUAUGUAUCAUUACCCCUAUUUGUUUGUUAUUAUCUAGUGUUUGUUUUGGUUUAUUUCUUUGUUUCUCUGUUUAUUUAUUUAUUAAAUUACGCCCUUACCUGCAUUUGCGUCCGUCUCCCUGCCUGCACCCUCCCUGACAGCAGCAGAAUACCUUUAAAGAGAUGAGAAUAAAUACUCUAAACUGAAGGUCUAGUUACCAUUUCAACAACAUAAUUUAAAUCACUGAUAAAUUGUGAGCUCCAUGAGCACAAAAUUCGUGAUUUUUUUUUAUCAGCUUUUUCUGGUUAAUGCGCUUGCACAGAUCUCCUUAUUGAGUGGGGGCUUCCCCAUUGGCUGUUGCCCCCUUGCUUGAGCAUAAAGAGAAUAAAGAGAGUCUCCUUAUUAUUAAUAUCUCUGGUGAAUCUGAGUCAUGAUGAGUCAGAUCUGUUGUUGUGGUGGUAACAGGUGGUGUUAAUGUUCUGGCUGAUAAAUGUUCUGUACAUUCUGUAAGUUUGAUGGGAGUAACAGGAAUGUGUUAUUAGACCCGUCCGCUGGGCCAGAGUAAAUAAGAGCCUGACCCAUCCUCCCAUGUUCUGGAUCACCAGCCGCCCAAAGAACUUCGAGAACAUCCAGCUGUGCAAUAAGUACCUUAGAGAACAAAAACAAAGCAUCCAUCUCUGAGGAGUUUCCAACUCUAAGAACAUCAACACGCUGGAUAAAAUGUGUUUCAGUUUAAGUUCAGUACGGGACUCUUGCAGGACCUUUAAAAAAAUAGUGGAAUAGUGGAAAUGGGCAAUUUGGCUUUUUGUAUUUGAACUGAAUCUUUAUAAACACUGACCCAAGCUAAUAUAAAUCACACACUAAUAAUUUUGCAAGCUUUUUCUGUCUCUCUAUUUUAUGGUUAAGGGGUGCUACACCAUCUAAGGUGGAGUGAAAGGUAUUUUCUAAACCUUCGGUUAGAUACCAACCAAGACUUUGUUAAUAAAUCACCAACUUUUUCAAAGUAAAUGUUGAAGUCUCCUACUAUAAUCACUUUAUCACAUACUCAGAAAUCUGCAACAAAAUCACUAACAUCGUAAAAAUUCUACAUAGAGCUCUGGUGGUCUGAAAAUACAAACAUAUAACAUUAAAUGUUGAAACUACAAGUCACUUUCUGUAUAUUUAAAUCACAUUUCAAUGUUAAACGUCUGUAACGUGCCAGUUGUGAUUAGAUGCAUGAGUUUAAGUUGUUUAAGUUGUAAAAUCUGCUUAAAUAACUAUUUUUCCUCAGUAUUUCAGUGUAGAAUGUUUAUCUCCUCCGUUAACAUUUUACAUUUAACAUUUGUUAAACCCUGAAACUACAAAUAACAUGCCAUAGUUUUAGGCAAGCUAAAGUUCUAUAUUUUAACUCUGUGUUACGAGAGCCUACUAAAGUAGAUAAUCAAUGUGUGUCUCAUUUUUAGUAAACGUAUCUUUUCUGUUCCACCUUAAAUGCAGCUGUAGAGACAGCCUUUUACAGGUAUUUUCUGACUCUGAUGCUGCAUGGAAGUGUUUAAGAAUCACAGCGGAGUGUAUAUCUGCAUUACAUACAAUUACAGUGGAUUAUUAAAUACCUGUCGGGUAUUUAAUGACACAAAAAUAACUGUCUGGUUAAUUCUUCAUGAAAAUGUUCAUAUUUUUAUAAUGGUAGGUUGUGUGUUUGUUUUACAGUUACAGCAUUAGUACAUAGACAGUUAGGUUCAUUAAAUAAAAUGUUUUUUAUAUCAGAUUAGAAAUCAAAUAAUCAAUAGCUGGGAUAUUGACAGCUGGGAUUACAUACAUUGUUUAAGGGGGUAAAUCUGUUUAAAUACCUAUUUUUCUCUUCAUUAAUCUCCUCAUUUUGUGAUUUCUGACAGGAUUUCUGUAAGCACCAGAUGCUAAUAUUUUUCACAACUAUUUAACAUGAAAUGUUAAAACUAUAACUGAUUUUCUGUAUACUUUAACCACAUUUAUAAAUUUAAAGUUGUGAUUAGAUACACGGGUUUAAGGGGUGUAAUCUGUUUAAAUAUCUGUGUUUUUCCUCAGUAAUUCAGUGUUUAAUGUUUAAUCUCCUCAGUUUGUGAUUUGUGACAGGAUUUCUGUUAGCAUCAGAUGCUAACCCUGCCGCGCGUGCAGGGUUUGUUAUUAGAAGCAGGGCGUGGCUCCAGAGGAACCCCCGCGGUGGUGUGAUCUCCAGCCGGGCUGUGCACCUGUCUCCUGCCCGGGCGGUGAGACCUUUAGCCCGCGGUUAUAUUCCAGGGUUAUUAUGGGCUGUGAGCUGUCUGUCUCUCCGCUCCUCGCUGGAGGAGUUACGAGGAUUUUGCUGCAGCAGAAGCUCGACAGAAGGAGCCUGUCUCACUGCGCCGUUUCCCUUUAACACCCGUUUUCACACUAACCCCGCCCACCCAGUCGUUCUGCGCUGCGAUUGGCCAGCGGCUUAUUAUUGACAGCAGACCAAGAAAAUAAAUGUUUCAAUUAUUAUUAUUAUUUUUUUUUUACAUUGUAAAUUAAUACUAAAUACAUCCAGACUCUUGCUCUUUCCUGGGUCCCCUCUAAUGAGAGUCAGUUUCAUCAUUUAUAAUGUUUUUGAUUGUCUUUAUUGUGAAAUACUUUUUUUUUGAUUGACUGACAAAGUUUUUUUUUUUAUCUUUAUUUAGUUGAGUAGUUGUUACUUCUCAUAAUCUGGAUUAGAACAUUACUCAAAUAUUCACUAUUCACUGUAUACCUGUAACUCUACCUCUUCACUACUUUACUUUAACUGAUGCUCUCAAACACUUUAAGAGACAAGAAAUUCAAGUAAUUAACUCUUGAUGAGUUCAGCACAGCUGUUAACUGAAAGCCUGAAUUCCAGGACACUCUACCUCAUAAAACUGACUGAGAAAAUCCAGGAGCGAUGUUCAAAACUGAUUAUCUAAACAAGAGGAGAUACUUUAAGAAAUGUAAAAUAUAAAAAUAUAAAAUAUAAAAAACAAAACAUAUUCUGGUUUGUUUUAAGCUUUUUGGUUUACUAAAUAAUUCCCUAUGUUUUUCUUCAUACUUUGAUUAAGUUUAGUAUUAAUCUACAAUACAGAACAUUUUAAAAUAAUGAGAAAUUAUAGUUUUGCUAGUUUCAAGUCUGGCGUCAUCUCGAUGGUUCAGUGUAAGGUGGUUUGGAUUGAAGGUUUAAAUCAUUCUUUUUCUCAUCCUGUAUUCAGAUAAAAUCAACCGUGUUUAAUAUAAUCGUAAGUCUUGAGACUCGGCUCACGCAAAGAGUGAUGAGAACAAUGUCAACAACCAAUAGGAGAAGAGCUACAGGAAGCAACAAGAUGAGUGUGGGAACGUUUACGGAAAUGGACGCGGAUGAGACUCCGACGAUAGUGCGGAAACCACGCAUCUCCUGGAGUUUAGAAAUCGAAGAGAAACUGAUAUUUGCAUUUAUAUAUAGAGGAAAAGAUAUUAAUCUUUAAAAAAAAAUGUAAAUCUUACAAAGAAUCUAGUUGCAGUCUUGCAUAUAGUGAUUCUGUAAGAUCAUCAGUCUUCACAGAAUCUUAGUCUGUAAGUAAAAACUUCCUCUGACUGAGUUUUGGUUGCUCCUUAAGGUUUCUUCCUCUUAAUUUAAGGGAGUUUUUCCACAAUAAUCAGCAUUUCUGUGGUGCUGCUCAUAAGAGGUGUGGAGCUGUUUUACUCUGUAAAGCUGCUUUGUGACAAAUUCUGUUGUAAAUGCGCUAUAGAAAUUGAAUUAAAUUAAACUGACUUGA